AUGAGCAUUAAAUUGGAUCUGCACGCUUUAAGCGUAGACGAUAUUAUCGAGGAGUACAAGAUCCUGCACGAGGGCCAUCAGAAGCUGAAAACCCAGACCGAAAACGAUGCCCAGCGCAUAUACGAAUUAAAACGAAAUCUGGACACGGCGCUAGCGGCCGAGGCCUACUUGACCCAAGAACUCGAACAAUUGGGCUCGCAACCGCCGGAAGAUCGUCCCGGUGUAGAGGUGCAGGAGUUUGAAGAGCUGCGGCGUAAGUUCAGGAGCCUGCAAGUGGAUCACGACACUCUCCAGCAGGACUAUGACGCCAAAGCGGAGGAAGCGAGUGCUCUGCGAAACCAACUGGCGGCUGCGGAGCGUGGACUGGCGGCCAACUCGACGUCGAAAGAUACCCAUGAAGAAUGCCACCUUCGCUUCCAUGCCUUGGAGAACGAGAACUCUGAGCUGCUGCAGAAACUGGCGGAACAUGAAGAGUUCAGUGUGAAACACAUCUUGGAAGUGGCUGAAAAGGAUAAAACCAUUGAAUGUCUGCAGGAUCAGGUGAGCUGCCUGGAGCAGAACUUGCAGUGCAAGCGCAGCGAACUGGAGGAGAAGGAGCAGCAGCUGUAUGUCGCCCAGGAGGAGGUGGUGGAUGCCAAUGCCAAGAUCUUCCAGCUAACCAGUGCGCCCCAAACCAAUGAGCCCAAGGGAAACUCUCUGUUUGCGGAGGUGGACGACCAGCGGCAGGUGAUGAAGCAGCUGCUGGCUGCCCAGAAGAAGAGCUAUCUGGACAUGAAAAAGACCUUCACGGAGAGCGAGUUCGAGAUACGUCGCCUCAAGCGGGAGAACGUUGCCAUGCACAGAGAGCUACAGGCUUGCAGCACCAUCUUUUGCAGUGCCGACAAGACCUAUCAGAAUAAGCUCAACGAACGUAUUCGCCAGCUGAUGAGGCAGAACGAGACCCUGGAGCAGCAGCUGAAUGUGUCCCAGGAGCGGCUGCGCGAGGUGGCCAGCGAGAAGAACGUGACCUGGCUGGACUCCAUGCUGGAAUUCUGCAAACGCGAAACGGACGAGCAAAAGGCGCAACUGCAUAGCAUGCGCAUCCAAAAGGCCGCCCUGGACGAGCAGAUGCGCUCCGUGCAGAAGGAGAUGGCGCGUUGGCGAUUUGAGUCUCUGAAAUCUCGCUGCGUGCUGAUUGAUCGUGAAAAUCUGCUGACAGAGCACAAGAUUGCCUUCAAGCACGUCCAGGCUAUGGAGUUCAACAUCAAGGAGGCCGAACUGAAGGCCGCCUUACCACGCAUUGUCAGUGUGGCCACAGAAAGCCCAGCCCCUAGGAGACUAACGGAGACUGUAGUCAAGGAUGCUGAGGCGAAGGAGACCGAGGCUCAACCAGCCGAGCUUACAGGCUUACCGUGCGUCAAGCAGGAGACGGCUGCUUUACGUGAGGUACAGACACCCAUACAGUUGGUGCCCAAUCCUGAAUGCAAAGAGCUGGAGGUGACGAAGAACACGCCAGUCAUAUUAAAGGAAGAAGUUACUGAUAAAUCCCCGGCAAUAGAGACACUCAAGCCCGUCAAGAAGGGCACUCCAGUCAAGGCGCGUGCAGGAGGGAUAAAAGUCAAGUGCGAAGAGAAAUCCGUGGAAGCAGCCAAGCCGCUGAUGAAGGGAACUCCCAUCAAGAGUCGCCUCAAAACGGAAUGCGAAGAUCAAACACCGCAGAAAGAGUCCAGCGAAGAGGCGGAGGAUGAAGAUAAUGACCUAUCAAUUGACAAUGCAGUAAAACCAGUGAUGAAGGGCACUCCAAUCAAACCCCGUUUGGGCGUCAUCAAGGUUAAGUCCAAUGAAAUGUUAAUGGGCAAACAAGAGCCAGAACAAGAAAAAGCCAAGUCCAAAGGCCGGAAAGGAACUCCGCUGAAACAAAAGCAGCUCAUGGACCAGGAUUAUGACAGCGAUGUGGAGUACAUCGACUCUUCUACACCGAACAAAAUCGAGAUCGAAGACGGCACCAUGACCCCGGCCAAACCACUGCGUAAGGGAACACCCGUGAGGAGCAACGCGCAGCCAUCGGUACAGCCUGCCAUGCAGGGCACAACGAACAUAAAUGUACGCUCCAUUCUGACCAAAAAGCGAGAGAUAUUUGCCGAGGAUAGCCACAAGAUGGUCCAGUUCAGCGGCAGCUCACCUGUUGUACACAAUCUGAGUCCCGUGGAGCAGCAAAUGCCCGACGCCAAGGAGAAUGAGAAGCCGAAGACAGCUGGGGCUGGGGGCCAAGACAUUAAGCCGACGAUUAAGGGCCCGAACAUCAUCAGACGCAUUGUCAUCGGCUCCAGGCAGCCAAAGAAGUGACGGCAUCACAUUUAAUAAGAAACUUUAAUUAGACCUUACAUCUAGACACGAACUUAGUCAUUAGUUACACACCAAAACAAGCACAAAAAAAAACACAAGUAAGAAAGCAAGAGAAUAGAGCAGGGAAAUAUAAACGA